AUGUCUGGAACAUUUCUUGUCCGGAAUAUCGACUAUAUAAAACAACAGAUUUACAUCAAUGAUCCUGAAAACUGUUUGGUUAAACGGCUUUUAAGUUUCAAUCUUUCAGGUUCUCCUUUCUCUUCUUGCUUCGAUAUUCUCUACACGUUCUUGACUUGUCCUAAUGAAGUUGUCUUGCCUUCUUGGUAUAAUCGAUCUAUUCCUUGUCUAAGCAAUUCUACUUCCUCCUUCUUCGCUACAUCUAAUUCUGCCUUCGAAAAGUCUAUGCUUCCUUCUUGCAAGAUCGUGAAGAGAGUAUCUGUUCCUGCUAGUUGGCCUUUCCGAGAAGCAGAACUCUCGAGUUCUGUCAACAAUCAAAGCCUCUUACUCGAAUGGCACGAGCCGAAUUGCAGAAGUUGUGAGAUGGAUAUCUCUAGAUGUGGAUUCAAGAACAAGGUCUCCUUUGAAGACAAAUGCUAUGGUGCUAAAAAUUCCGGUCAUUUAAGCAAAGGAAUAUUAGUACUCAUAAUAAGCAUGUCCUUAAUCGGAGCAGUCAGUAUUUUUCCUACUUGUAUCCUUAUCCGCAUUUACAACUCCCAAAGUUUUGAUUCCGCGAUACGACAUAAUGAGGAUAUCACAGCCGCAACAGUAAUGCAGCAACCAAGAGGGACUAUGGUCAGGAUGGGUCUUGACCAGUCUACAAUAGACUCAUACAAGAAAAUGGAGUUGGGAGAAAGUAAAAGGCUUCCGGGGACUAAUGGUAUUUUAUGUCCGAUUUGUUUAUCAGAGUAUGCGAGCAAAGAGACCGUAAGGUUCAUACCGGAAUGUAACCAUUGUUACCAUGUGGAAUGUAUUGAUGUGUGGCUCAAGAUUCAUGGUUCAUGCCCUCUUUGUCGAAAAACACACGCCUAA